GGAGCUCUGAUUUUUUCACCGUUGAAGUCGGCGCUCUACACUUAGCUUAAUCCAGUCCUUAGCAUUUGAAAGAGUUCAAAGAGGAUUCUGGAUUAUUUUGAAAAAAAGUGUUCCUGCACAUAGAGUUGGUCUUAACCGAUUUUUUUAUGCAUAAAACAACAAUUUUCAUUUAUGUACUCAGGCUUGUGCAAGCCAGGUAACCUAGUAACGCUAUUUCUACACUUGAACAUGAAGCCAAAACAAAUAGAAUAAAAUGAGUUGAGGAAAGUAAUUCAAGCGAUAUAAUGGACCCGUUAACAGAAAAUUUACUCUGGGAGGAUAAAGAAAUUAGAUUUGACACACCAAAUGUGUGAACAAAAGCAUCUGCGUAAAGGUGAAAAGGUUUUGGACACUAUUUAUCAUAUUGAGGACACCAAAGGCAAUCCCAGCGACACUGGACGCCUUUUAGCCACGAAUCUACGUCUUGUUUGGCAUUCCUUAUCACAUAAAAAAUAUAAUUUGUCUAUCGGCUAUGGUCGAUUUGUCAACACUAAUACGCGCUCGGUGGUGUCGAAAGCUGGUGCGCCAACGCAAGCCCUCUACAUAUUGGCAACCGGAAGUAAUACACGGUUUGAGUUCCUAUUCACCGAUAUCUCUGGUGAUACGGCACGCAGGGAUGCACCCAUUUUUCAAAGCAUUUUCGAAAUCUAUCAAUUAUAUCAACGCACAUACUUGUAUAGAGACCUUAAACUACGUGGCGCAAUUAUAUUAUCGGGCCAAUUGAUAAUCAUGCCGGAUGAGUUGGUCUACAACAACAUCAACGGCGUAUGGAAUUUGUCCAGCGAUCAAGGCAAUUUGGGCUCAUUUGUACUUACCAAUAUUCGUUUGGUGUGGUUUGCUGAUGCGAAUCAUACCUUCAAUAUUAGUUUGCCCUAUUUACAAAUAUCAAACAUACGCAUACGGGAAUCAAAAUAUGGACCGGCGCUUGUGAUACAAACUGCAGAAACUGGUGGAGGCUAUGUUCUCGGUUUUCGCAUAGAUCCCGUUGAGCGCCUAAAUGAAAUCUACAAGGAACUCAUUUCAUUACAUACUAUUUAUACGGAGAAUCCGAAUUUCGGAGUGCGUUAUGACUCUAUGGAUGCCAAAAAACGUUUGGAGAAAAUGAAAGAAGCAGAGGAGUUCAAGACCGAAGAGUUUCAAGAGAUCGACGAACGUCAAGAACGUGAAGUCAACACAAAACUUAACACCUAUUUGGCAGAGGGUAUGGCGGUGGCCGGCGCUGAAGCACCAAUACGGGAACCAGUAUAUUGUAAGGAGUUGGGCUUUGCAAUGGAACGCAUUCGGGAUGGGUAUAAAUUGCAGGAUUUAUGGGAUGUGUUGCCGAGAGUAGAAGGAGAAUAAUAUGCGAAUAAGUAGUGUUGCGAUUUCACUUAAAAUUGAUAAAAAAAAUACAUAUAUACAAAUUAUAAUAGUAUUUUAUUGAACCACU